AUGAUGGAUUCGAUGGACUUUCACAGAAUAAUGGCUUUCGUGUAUUUACCGACUAUUCUGAUUGGGCUUCUUGGUAAUUUACUAUCACUUUACGCAUACAGUCGUAAAAAUAGAAAAUCCAUGGUCGGUUUCCUGCUGUACUCACUGUCCGUCUCUGACAUCUUCCUGCUAGUCUUCGCUCUUCCACUUUUCAGCAUCAUGUAUCUACCCAUUUGGACUGACGAGCAGAGAAGUUUCGUCGUCGCGUACACUGCUAAAUAUGUAUAUCCGUUGUGUAUGAUGGCAAAAACAUGCAGUCUUUAUAUUAUGGUAUUGAUUACUAUUGAGCGAUGGAUUGCUGUUUGUCGACCACUUGAGGUCCAAAUCUGGUGUCGAUACACCACAUCAUCAUACUCCAUCGCCGCCAUCAUCACUUUCGCAGUGGUUCUGAAUUUUGCUCGAUUCUUUGAAUUUGAAAUUGAAUACAUCGAUGGUUUGGCAUUCUUCAGACGGGAUCUUCUGGAUUCUGAGAAACAUUGGUGGUACUUCAUGUUUUAUUUCAUCAUCAUUUCUAUUAUAUUCGAUUAUCUCGUUCCAUUUGUGAUCAUGUUUGUUGCGAAUAUGUUGAUUAUCAGCGAGCUGAGAAGAACGAAAAAGGAAAGAAGUUUGAUGACAAUUCAACAACAAAAAGAGCAAAAUACGACAGUAAUGCUUCUGGUUAUCACAAUUUUCUUUGGAUUCUGCCACUUCUUCUCAAUGGCCCUAAAGCUUGCGGAGAGUUUUGUUGGAAAGUUUCUAACAAUUCAGAAUAUUUAUCUAGAAAUGCUUGGAGAAAUUUUUAACUACCUCAUUAUCAUUCACACCGCCUCAACAUUUUUCAUCUAUUACAUGUUUUCGGAGAAGUUCCGGCAAAUAAUCAAAGGAAUUUGGAAGCCCGAUCAAUACCGACACGGUAGCCUUCCUGAUGGAACUCUGAACAUUACUGACAGUAAAAAGCGAAAGAUCAACCGGCACGGAAGCAGCACAAAAAUCAUGUACCAUACAGAAGCCACAAUCAUCCAUAAGCCAGCAUCUUUGAAGACUCGAUAUUCAAGAAUUUCUUCCGAAUAACUCUAAAAUUUAAAACAAAAAAAUAUCCAAACAUUACGUGUCAUUCAGAUCAUACCAAACUUCAAUACGAUCUUCGGCUUUUCUUGUUGUAUUUUUUUGUUCAUUAGAGAACUCAAACCCCCCAAGGUAUUUUGCAUGUAUUACGAGGAGACAGCGGGUGUAUGAUGUUUUACAAAAAUCAAUAAAAAUUUUUGAAAAGUG